GACUUGAUGCUCCGCUAGAUCUGCUACCGGUCGUUUCAGAAUAAUUGCGGCGCCAGCGAUACCACGCGACCAUCAACAAAAUUUGUAAAGGAUACUGAAGAACGGUAGGACUGUGGAUUCAUCCUUUUCGCGCGCGGAUACCGCGAGGCUGAAGGAAAGAUGCCUUACCUACGUUGAGACAUAUAAUGCGGACAUUACAUUCCUCUACUUAAGCGCUCUUCUCAUAGUGGUCUUUCCAGCUGGCUAUGGUAUCAGGCAAACGUGUUCACUGGGACGAUUCAAUAGCAGACAAGCGUGCCGAUGGGGAUGGAGCGAAAAAGUUUCUCUCUAGCCGUCCCACAGCCAUCCUAUCCUCCACGGAUGCUACGCCUCUUCGACGGGUUCCGAUUCCCUCCACGACUUCGUUUAUUCAUCCUUCGCCGAUUUCGUCCCAACAACAACAACCGAUUCUCUCUCAAUUUCCUGCAGCUAAUUCUACCAUCGCGGCGGUUACCCCACCUACUCGAAAUGUUCUGGCUCCCUCUAUUCCCGCAUAUGAUCGAGCACCGCCAGCUCUGUUACAACACGGCACCUCUUCAUAUAAUAGGACACACCCCUCUUCGGCUAAUAAUCCGUCGUCUCACCGUCAACGGGCUAAUUCCUUACCAGUUGUUUAUCAUACUGGUCCAGCGCCGCCUCAUCCUCAUACACUACCAUUUUCCAUAACCACACUAUCCCGGCCCCAAAUCCCACCCAUGGCGCCCCACCCGUUCUCAAAUUAUCCUUACCAGCUACCGCCUCAGAAGUCCCUGUUAGCGCUAGCGCCCAGUUCCCCGUACAACAAUGCACCUCCAAAUAGCUUAAAGCAGACAUCACACUCGCCGCGGAGGCUCUCGAUCCAUAGAUCUCUCCGCUUAGGAACAUGCGAGCCUGUCGAUUUCUUCGCGCCCCAGCGUGUCCGUCAUGCCUGCGCAUCGGAGCCGGCCUGCCAGCCUCCCCUUCCCCGUCUUUUCGUCCUCGUCGACACCGGCGUGGUCCGGUUCAAUAUCGAGGUGCUGCACCAGUAUCAGGACCAGGGACUGGGCUCCGUCACGGUGGAUGACGUGCUCGCGAGGGUGCGGAAGGUGUUGAGGGAGAGACUCGAUCCGCAGACGCUUGGAGGUCCGUAUGAGUGCGUAGAGGGACGGAGGAGUAGUAGUUUUACGACGGUCUGUGUGGGAUUUACUGUGAGGGAAGACAAGGGGCAGGAGAAGUGGAAGAUGCAUUUGAGUAGGGUGGAUGCGUUUACGAGGUGACGAACGAGACUGGUGCUCGAUGUUGCGGAUGUUCGAUUCCACAUUGUGUAAUAUAAUAAUACAGUGCUGCCGGAAAAGCCUGUUAUUUUUCCA